AAAGGAGCAAGCUCUUGACUCUUGACAGCGGGUUUUAAUUUCUUCCGUAGACAUGCCAUAAAAGAGCAGACUAUAACAAAAUCAUAACAUUGCGCCUUUCACAAUCUGAACGUGAGGAAAGCUUUGGUUUGUUCGAUGACUUUUUCCAGUGGACACAUCAUGUCUCUUUGCCUGCUGGCUGGAUUGUGUCUCUUAGUUUCUUUAUCGUCUCUGGAAGCUGCGCAAGGAUCGUAUGUCUACCUGAACGCAUCCUCUGACAACUCAUCGGCCAUUCUGAUUGGUCAACUGGACUCCUCGAUACAAUCUGUGUGUGUUGAGCUUCACUUCGCUACGUCACAGCCCUCUUCUUUCGACGUCCGUGUGUACAACACCAUGUCUCCGAACGACGUCACUGAGAGCACACUUCUCUACGAGUUCCAAAAUCUCAGUUCGGUGGGCCAGUGGAAGACCUUGAACGUGCCGCCUCGAUGUGUUCUUCAACAUUCUUACAUUGCCUUUGAAAGCUCUGGCGCAUCACAAGACGGUACUGUAGCCCUGGAUUACAUCAAAAUCACUCGCUCCUCUCUCAACUGUCCGAAUUCAGGUAGUCUUUGAAGUCACGAACGUUACCCAAGAGAGUUCUGUGGCACUGGAUUACAUAAAGAUUACAAGAUCCAGCAAGGCAUGCUCCACAUUCAUUCCCACCUCAACAGCUGCGAGCCCCACCUCUCCCACCCCCACCUUUGGCCGGUGCAGUAACAACACCCGGGGCACCCCGUCCUGCAGCUUUGACCACAAUCUGUGUUCUUGGACCACGUCUUUGACGGCGGCAGGAGCUGGACCCAAGUGGGCCAGAGGAGGAGGGGCAGACCAAGUAAAGGGUCCGAUCCCACACGACUGGCAACCAGAGGAGUUAAAUAAAACAGGUUCGUACGUGUUCGCUGACGUGCCACAGAACACAAGCUCCAGACGUUUCACUUCUUUGUUGACGAGUCAGCUGGCAGCAGACAUCAGGGCCGUGUGCGUAGACUUUCACUACGCAACAAGCGGAACACUCAACCACACGAUAGGCGUGUAUGUCUCCAAGUCUCCGUCUGACGUCACUGGGGCUACACGUCUGUAUGAGGUCAAGGACGUCAACACCGGAGGUCACUGGAUCUCUGCCCACAUUUCCUCUCAGCGUGUGGACGAGAACUCUUACCUGAGCUUCCAGGUGUCUGGCGUGUCACACGAGAGCACAGUGGCGCUGGAUUACAUCGCCGUUACCAGGUCAACCUCAACCCGUGGUAGGUCUUCUAGCCCUUCACCGAACCCACCUACAGAAGUGACGUCACCACAACAGGCCACCACUUCUCCAAAGUCAGCUGAGACAGAUGUUACCAGCAGAAAAUUAUUUUCCUCUACGCCUUUGUUUACAAGUACAAGUACAAGUUCAGAAUUUUCGCACUCUACUUGGUUCAGUCAAGAUACUACUACACCAGAAAACCCAGCUUUGUCUUCUGGGAGUGCCGUUACACCUGUUUCCACGUAUAAAACAUCUUCUACGAUACCAGACACAACAGUACCGAGAAAGUCCCAAAGCCCGCUGACAAGAAUACCCACAUCUCCAAACCCAUCGCCUAGGGCACAUUCAACUACAGUCAGCCCAACCCGCGACUUUUCUGGUUUGUCGACUGAGAUACUCCAAUCUUCAUCAUCAUCAUCAUCCAAACCUACACCCUUCGCCUCGCGUGUCACGCCAACAUCUGCACCACACAGCCCGUCAACACAACACGCCACAAGGGCCCUAACAUCGUCAGAAAGUGGCGUUCCAAGCAGCACUGUUUCUUCAGAAAGUAGCGUUCCAAACAGCACAGUCUCUACUGGAGGUAGCAUUCCAAGCAGCACUGUUUCUUCAGAAAGUAGCGUUCCAAGCAGCACAACCUCUAUAACAGAAACUCGUUCAGAACCCUCCCUCCGGACCACAAUCAUCCCUGCAACAACGCCAGCUUCUACAGAGCCAGUCCCUGCUUUUUUAAGCACCACCACCACCACUUUCUCUCCGAAUUCUGGAACCUCGCCAUCUGUGUCAAGUCCUGAUAGUUCUGUAACAUUCACGACAAACUUCGAUACAUUGCCAUCACCAGUCACUUCUCCAAGUACUGCAACUACCUCUCAAAAGUCUGGAACAUCAUCAUCAACCGUUAACUCUUCGACUCAAAAGUCUGGAACAUCACCAUCAACCGUUAAUUCUUCUACUCAAAAGUCUGGAACAUCACCAUCAACCGUUAAUUCUUCUACUCAAAAGUCUGGAACAUCCUCAUCAACCGCUUCUCCUACUCAGAAGACUGGGGCAUCAUCAUCAACCGCUACUUCUCAAAAGACUGGAACAUCACCGCCAACUGUUACUUCUACUCAAAAGUCUGGAACGUCAUCAACCGUUACUUCUACUCAAAAGUUUGAGACAUCUUCAUCCACAGCAACUUCUCCAAGUGCCGCUACUUCUACGAGUACUUCUAAGUCUGAUACCUCGCUACCAGUAACCAUUUCUCAAAGUACCACUACUUUCACUUCUAGAUCCUCUACGUCUCCAUCAGUUAGCAGUUCUUAUAGUACUGUUACUUCCAGUCCAAGGCCUGAAACCUCAUCGUCAUCCCAAACUACGUCAAGAAAAACACCGAGCUCGACAAAACACCCGUCCAGCACACCUUCAACCGGUAGUGCUACAGAGACGAGCUCAACUGACGUAACCACAGAAGAACACAGAAAUUCUACACCCUCGUCUGAGACAAGCAGUCAUAAGAACCCAGUGACGACAUCUGUCCAGCUAACCAGUAGCACCCAGUCGAAUACUCCGCUUACGACGGAGACAUCAUCAGCCACCUCUUCAAAGGCGACAAAAGCGACAGGUAUUGCUAGCUCACCAAAUACAUCCCCUGUUUCGCAAACGUCGCCUACUACUAGUCCUACAGAAACGAGUGGCUCAACCCACGCAGCAACGUCGCCGAGCUUUCAUCCUUCAACCCAAACGCCUUCAUCUCGAGCCAGUCUUACUUCAGUUACUCCAAGUUAUGUAACAUCCACCCCCGAUAUCCACCAUUUCUCAAGUUCAAAUACUCAAAAUACACGUUCAACCUCUAGAACUUCAGAAAAGCGGUGGCUUACAACACCAGCCACUCAAUCCGAAAGCCCGCAAACAUCAGUUUCAACUCCAGGUACCAUUAAAUAUUCUAGCCCAAUUGCUGAGCAAAACUCGGAAGACCCGUUAAAACCCGGAGCAAAAGCGGCUAUAAUUGUUUGUGCAUCAUUGGUAUGUGUGGCUUUGAUAGCUGUCGCCGGAGUUGUGGCUUACAAAAACGGGAAACGUCGUAAGCAGCUGGUAGGUUUGUACAUUUCGGACGCAGAAUUGAUAUCAAGAACAGACGACCUUGGUGAAGACAAUACACGUCCGGUGAACGGAGUGUUGUCGAUAAAAAACACGCAAUGUUGAAUCUAAGUGCUCGGGGUUCCGUGAACGACAGAACGUUCUAGGAGGUUUUUCGGGUUUUCAGUAUGUAAAGUUUUCAGACAAAAAUUGAGCUCUAGCAUGCAAUGUUGACCUUAGAUGACACUGUCAAUUAGACUGUUUCCGAAAUGUGAAAAGAUGCUUCACACUAAGAUCGUGCAAUCUUUAAAUAAAGGAAUAGGGGUGCCAUCUAUACGACAAAGACGACGACCACAACAACGAAGCUAAAGAGCAAAAAUCUAACCUUGUGGGCAAACGUGACGAUGAUUGAGAAGUCUUGUGUUUAACCCUUUCACUGCCUGGACACCUUUAUGGUACAUGUAUUACUAAAGAGCCUAAUUCUGUCGCGGGCCAAGGCAGUAAAUAGGUUAAGAGGUGAAGAGAAUUUAGCUAAAGAGUUUGUCGCAAAGUGGACUCUUAAUCUACAGAUGAAGUACCUGCCCCUCAUAAGAUACGAUAAGAUACGAUAAGAUAAGAUAAGAUACAUCUUUUUUGUCCAGAUCCUGGCUUAUUGGUUUGGUGUGUCACAUCCCCUGUUUCUCAUGUCAGGGCAUCUGAUUUAAUUAGAUGAUAAUAUAGUCAAUAACUGUAAACCAUUCUUAGGUUAUGUGAGAUCAAGAACCUAGACUUCACAGAUACGGAUGAAAAAAUAUACAAGAAAAGAGCACGAACUGUUGUCUGAUCACAAUUAUAAAUGAAUCCUUUCCAAAUUUGAACGAACAAAAGUGAGAAUGAAUCGUAGUUAAGUGUUUUUGAAAAAUGAAAAACGGAAAUCGGGAUGGCAAGGAACAAGUUGUACGGGGCAGAACGAUACAAUGUUUAAUAUGGUAUCAG